AUGGCACUGAAGGCACAGGUUUUAUACGACUUCACUGCGGAGCCUGGAAACAAUGAGCUGACAGUGAAGGAAGGCGAGACCGUCACUGUCACCAAUCAGCACAUCGGCGGCGGAUGGAUUGAAGCGCAGAACUCCAGAGGGGUUGUUGGACUAGUGCCCGAAGACUACAUAGAGUCUCUCCCUCCAUCAUUCCCCACGGCUGCACCCACGGCACCGCCCGCCAACGUCGGAAACAUCGCAAAUUCGGAUCUGUCCUUCUUCGACUCCUUCGCUCCUGCAGCGACGCACCAAAAUCAGGUGGACGCUAGGGGCUUGAGCCCCCAGGCCGACACCCCCGAUACCCCAGUUUCCCCCUACCUUUCGUCCCCUGAUGAGGCUAACAGCAAUGGCAACGAUCCCUGGUCAACGUGGAACGCGGACCCCUCGGCAGGUACAUCCAACAACUGGCCGUCCAAUCCGGAGGGCACCCAGACCGGCAAGGCGCAGGGGGACGCCUGGGGCGGCGCCUCACACGGCCACCCUCAGGCCUAUCAAGGUCCAGACUUCUACCCUUAUCCUUACCUUAUUGAUUACACAGGAGCGGAGGAUGACGAAUGGGAUGACGAGUGGGACGACAAGUCCACCGGCGGUUACGGCGAGGCCGAAGCCGGGGAUGGCAGUGCCAUGCAGAGAGGCGGCGCUCACGCGUCGAUGAAAAUCAACCUCAAACGGUUUCCUGGGUUCUCCAAGUCUGGUCCUGAGUUGUACCUCCUAUGCAAGCAGAUUGCAAAGGGCAAGGACAAGCUACCAAUCUAUAUGGGGGAGGUUGGUCCGGUGUGGCUUUACCCUGAAUCGCAGCUGGACUGUGUGGUCGCCGAUCCCAAGAAAGGCUCGAAAAUGUACGGCCUGAAGAGCUACAUCGAGUACCAAAUCACACCAAACACCACAAACCGACCGGUGAAUCACCGAUACAAGCACUUUGAUUGGCUGUACGAGAGGCUGCUGGACAAAUUCGGCUCAGCCAUUCCAAUCCCGUCUUUACCGGACAAGCAGGUAACAGGUCGUUUUGAAGAAGAGUUUAUCAAAAUGCGAAUGGAGCGGUUGCAGGGCUGGAUGAGCAGGAUGUGCCGACACCCGGUUGUCGCCAACAGCGAAGUAUUUCAGCUGUUCCUCACGUACAAAGACGAGAAGGACUGGAAAAUGGGAAAGAGAAAAGCGGAAAAAGACGAAACGGUGGGAGUGAUGAUCUUCACCACGAUAGAACCUGAAGCUCCAGAUUUGGAUCCGAUUGAAGUGGAGCAGAAAUGCGAGCAGUUCAGUCGGUUUACCAAAGCAAUGGACGACGGAGUGAAAGAAAUCCUCACGGUCGGCCACGAGCACUGGAAACGAUGCACGGGCCCGUUACCAAAAGAAUACCAGCGAAUCGGUAAAGCCUUCCAGAACCUCUCAUCAGUGUUUACCAGCAGUGGAUACCAAGGUGAGGCAACACUGACCGAUGCCAUGACGGCCGCAGGGAAGACCUACGAGGAGAUAGCUCAGUUGGUGGCAGAACAGCCCAAAAAGGACCUGCACUUCCUCAUGGAGACCAACAACGAGUACAAAGGUUUACUCGGAUGUUUCCCAGACACGAUUGGUGUCCAUAAGGCCGCCAUCGAUAAAGUGAAGGAAGGCGACAAGUUGGUGGCCACCAGUAAAAUCACCCCUCAGGAAAAGGUCACCAUGGCCAAACGAGUCAGCACCAUGUCUUACUCGUUACAAGCGGAGAUGAACCACUUCCAUAGCAACCGUAUCUACGACUACAACAGGGUCAUGCAGCUCUACCUGGAAGAGCAAGUCAAGUUUUACGAGACGAUUGCGGCAAAGCUGAGACAAGCUCACAGUCAGUUCACCACAAUGUAA